AUGUCUAUGGCGUCUCAAUCAAUUGGCGGCAAGUCCUCGACAAGGAGGGUUGAAAAGCGCGUCCUUAUCAAAGAACUGCGAACCAUGUUAUAUGGCUUUGGCGAUGUCCCUGUCCCAAGGCAGGAUACGGUUGAGGUCGUUGAGGAUUGUCUCUUUGAUUUCCUAACCAGAUUUGUAGCCAAGCCCCGUGGAGGGAAGGUUCGUACGGAAGAUCUGCUUACAGUCCUUAAAAGAGACCCAAGAAAGCUUGGGCGCGUUGAGGAGCUUUUAUUCAUGAACGUAGAGCUGCGCAAAGCCCGAAUGGCCUUUGAGACGGAAGAAUAG